AAACAUUCCAAAAUACAAGACACGCCGUUCAUAUCUCAACCGAGAGCGCACCUUGACUACCUAAUCCUUUGGGGCCUGGAAGCUCAAAGACUCCAUCGUAGGUCUCCUGCGAUCCCUAAUUUCCAAAAUCCAGAACUCAGAUGCCGCUAAUCCACGUUAUUUUACGUGUUUGGCAGAGCUUGCUCAGGAUGAACAAGAAGAAGGAUCAUGUGAAUGCUCCGUAUCCGAUGCGCAACCUCACUUCGAAAAUUCAAAACGCAAAAUUGAUUGGGGGAACUUCAUCGGCAAAUGUAUACAAGGCUGUAAUUUCUACCGCUACAACCUCUAAACAGGUCGCUGUAAAGUCAUUGAGGAUAGAAAUUUUCGGAAACAUAGUGCAAUCCGAAACUCAGGAGAUAUUGAUCCGCGUUAAUGCCUGGAUGACGUCGCUUGAGCAUGACAAUAUUCUGACCCCUAUAGGAUUCGCUUAUGGAUUCGGACCACUUCCAUCAAUUGUAUAUGACUGGAUGCCGGGCGGGACAUUGACCUCAUACCUCGCACAAAACUCUGACAGUCUAACCAUUUUGAAAAGGUUUUACCUGAUCAAGCAAAUAGCGGCUGGACUCCGCCACCUGCACUACAAGAAUGUUAUUCAUAAAAACCUACAUGGCAACAACGUCUUGAUUGAUGCCGCGGGUAUCGCUCAUCUUGCAGAUUACGACGUUACUCCAGCACACCGAGGGCAGCAUAUUCCCCCAUCUGUGAGAUGGGCAGCCCAAGAAUUCUUCGACAUCCAAUACGUGGUCCCACCCACGACCCAGAGUGAUAUUUACUCUUUUGGAAGCCUCAGCUAUCAGAUCCUUACCGGCCGCGAGCCCUAUUAUGAGAUCAGACACAAAUCAAAGGUUUCUAUCGAGAUAUCGAAAGGAAACAAACCUUCACGAUCGUAUGAUCCUCCUAUUGCGGAGCGUCACUGGGAAUUCAUUCAAAAAUGCUGGUCCGUCCCAGAACGCCGCCCAACUGCCGCUCAACUGCUAGAGUUGGUGUCAAGAGAAGUCGAGCUUCUCACCACAUAGGCCUGUCACGUCUACCCGUUCAUCCCUUUUAUGCGCACAUUCAUUUUUUAAUCUCAUCACUUAUGGACUACAUGGGGUCAUGGCCACCGGGUAUGUCUUUCUGACAGCACGAGGGCCCCAUCAUUCUGGAUAUCGUACAUGUCACAUUAUAUCAGUAUCACAACAUAUUUCAUAGAUAUGUAUGAUUCAAGGAUUUUCGGCACCCACAUUACCACUACUGACUUAUUCUGUAUGUACAAACCAAACUGUAUACAUCACUGGGUUCUUAAGAAAAACGUGAAUGCAC